GUGAUGGCACGUUGCGCUCUUUCACACAUCAACUCAAUUGUUGCACAUUGAUGAAAAAUAACUGCACGUGAGUAACUUGUUACAAACUUUAAAAACACAAAUACAAAUAUUUGUUACACAAUAUUCGGUAAAAUUACCAAAAAUGGUAUCAGACUUCCGAAAAAAGAAACUGUUGCACGUGUACAAUGCAUUCUUUGACGCCGACCGAAGCGGCUCCAUAAAUAAGGCUGAUUUUGAAUUUGCAAUCACCAAGAUAUCUGCCAAAAGAGGUUGGAAACAUGGCGACGAAAGGCAUCAAAAGCUGAAAGACAAAAUGAUGAAGAUUUGGGAAGGUUUGCAGCAAGAAGCCGACGAAAACAACGAUGGAGAAGUUAGCAAGGAAGAAUGGACAGCGCUUUGGGAUAAAUAUGCUAAAAAUCCAACGAAAGCUAGCGACUGGCAGAACAUUUAUUGUGAAUUAACGUUUUGGUUGGAAGACACUAGUGACGAUGGAGCAAUUGAUGCUCAGGAGUUCUCAUCUUUAUAUGAAUCUUUUGGGUUGGAUAAAGAAGAGUCGAUUGAUUGUUUUAAGAAGAUGGCGGGAGGUAAACAGAAGAUAGACUGGCCGCAUUUCCAGGAGUUAUGGAGGGAAUAUUUCGCAGCAGAAGACAAAGAGAAACCUGGGAACUUAAUUUUUGGCUGUUACGUAUGUAGCAUCAAUCCUGACUCUCAUUCUCACUCGCAUUCACAUUAAUGUUAAUUAUUCUAUUAAAAUUUA